AUGGAGGAGGAGAAGAGACUGUUAAGAACAGCUUUAACAGGAGGCUGCUCCAAGUUGGAAUUUGCCCGUAUUGCUACCCAAGGGAAUGCCCUUGUGAACCUCGUGAUGACUGCACUGACUGCUGGACAUAUUGUGGUUGCUGAGAAUUAG